UGAAAGUUUCAUACCGCCUCGUCGAUCGCUUUCCGUAUCGGAGAAGACCGGCAAAAAGUCACCUUGGGAUUAGGGUUCCCGUCGAUCUCAUCCUCUCUUCUAAAUUUGCGGGUUCCUUCAGAGCUAGUGAGCCUUCCUUCCUUCCUUCCUUCCUUCACAGGAUAGCAUUCUGCUUAUGGAGUCUCUGUCAAGAUCGAGCGGCGACGAGGACGAGUUGAGGAGGGCUCAUGGAUCGUCACAAAGAGUUGAACUGACGGGUAAGCUGGACGGAAAGAGUGGUGAGCAGAAUUCAGGCACGCCAACUACUCCAAGAUCAAAGCAUUCGGCAACCGAACAGCGUCGUAGAUGCAAAAUCAAUGAUAGAUUCCAGAUACUUAGAGACCUCAUACCACAUAGUGAUCAGAAGAGGGAUAAAGCUUCUUUUCUUUUGGAGGUUAUCGAAUAUAUCAAGUUUUUACAAGAAAAAGCACAAAAAUAUGAAACCUUCCCUAGCUGGAAUCAGGAGACUGAGAAAUUGAUUCCCUGGGGCAACAAUCAAGGGCCCAGAGAGAGUAUAACGGAGCCUGCUAGCCUUGCUAAAAAUGGUCCUCAGUCUCCACUCUUGUUUGCUGGAAAAUUUGUUGAUAAUACCAAUCUGGGGGCACAAAUGUCUCUCUCAAACGUCCAGAAUGUAGCAGAAGCUGAUGUGAAUCUUGUUCCAAUACAGUCCAACUAUUAUGCUUCUGUGGGUAGGGGAUCUGAUUUUAUGCCUCAAGAGAGAUUAGUUACAGACUCUGAAAACUUAGUAUCUCAUUCUCAAUCUGAGUGGCAAAGUUCAUCCUGCAUGGCCAACUGCACUGUGAGCAGUGAGAAUGAACAAGAAUUGACCAUAGAUGAGGGCACAAUUAGCUUUUCUAGCAUCUAUUCCCAAGGUUUAUUGACUGCACUAUCACAAGCCAUCGCUAAUUCUGGACUAGAUCUGUCACAAGCAAGCAUGUCCGUGCAGAUUAAUCUUGGUAGGCGUGCAAUUAAAAGGCCCAAUUUGCCCAAUGCAAAGGAUCUGUCUGACCCUUCAAUUAUGAAUCAAGUAAUUGGGGAACCCGGAGCAGGGAGCAACUUUGAGGAGGCUGGACAAUCAAAGAGGCAAAAGGUGGAUACCAGCCAAUGACUUUCUGCUUGUGAUCUUAAUCCUUCCUUCUUGAUGAAUCUGCCUGCCAAGUGAACUGGCGGAGUAUAAUCAUAUUGUGUAUUCUUUAUAUUCUGCAUCUUAUUCUGUGAUCCAAAAAAGCUCAUUUAAUUCAAUCCAUGUACGAAUGAAUAGCUGACUGUUUGAAUUGUAUUGAUCAAGAAAGAUAUUGAGUUUAUGCUGACUAGUCCUGAAGUUAA